AUUUUAAAGCCUUGUAAAAAAAAAACCAAUGCCAAUGUGCAUACAGAACCUCAUUCGAUAAAUCGAUAGAUUUUGAGGUGGGCAAGACCCCUACUCAUUCUUCUUGUGACCAACGCUGCUCAUGUUUCUUCUCGGGCUCACACCUUCCUCCACCUUCCAAUUCUUCUCUGCCACCUCACCGACGCGUUUAUCUUCCGGUCCGCCACGACUGAACUCCGAACCCCCCUUCUUCCUGAACUCAAUUCUUGCUGGAACGUUCUCUACUCUCCUUCAGUCGGUUCCUUUCUCUCAGCUUUGUCACGAAGGAGACCCCUGGUUCCUAGCUUCAAGCGAAAUCGGGCAACCAUCCAACAACCUCGGGAACGAUUCGGCUACUCGAGGUGGUAGCUUCCAGUUCCCUGCGAAGUUCUCACAUCAUCUUGCUGCUUACGGGACACCACUUGGAGUGCUGACUUUUCUCUCUCUUUGUCAGCAAGUUGGGAACUUAAGUUCUCCGGCCCUCGGGGCCUCGAGUUCCAUCCUGUUGCCGAUAAGCACCAUUUUCCUCAAGGCUCCGAUUUCCUACCGCCCGAGGAGUCGUGGAGCUCACAAAGUUAUUUCAGUCAUUGGACCGCCACGCUUCCAGUUCUUCUCUUUAUACUACUUCCCUCCACAAAGCAAGCAUCCACCCCCAGGUCUCGGAGUGCAUGCUCCGGUCUUGCUAGCACAGCCAGAGUCAAGGAAAGUAUAUUCACACACGUGCUGCCGGUACUCACUGCGCUCUAAUUGCAAGACUGUCUCAGAGUUCCGACCAUUCAUCUCCUCCUAAGAGUUCGUUCGUGCCUUACCGUUCCAAAAACACUGCUUUUCUCCGCCCGACACGUCCAUGAAUGCUGACAGCUACGUCAAUCCCGCGCCUAGUCCCCUGCAUAGGCAAACUUCGGCCGGUCCUCCAUCUCAAA